AUGCCUGGGGAUCCCUCCCUGGCGGCCUUGUGGGAAAUGGAGCCAUCAAUCCGAGUUGCAUCUUGCGAGAGUGCUUGCCUCACGAAGUGGGCAAACACUCGGUUGAUAGGAGUUGCUUCCACUGGAGCUAUGAGUUUGAACAUAAAGGUUCUAGAACUUUUGGCGGAGUGGUGGGCCAAGCAGGUUGACAUGCCACAAGCCAUUCCCAUCGACAAACUUCGGGAUCAGGUGGUUGAAUGGCGAACUCUGAUGGGUUUCCCAACGGAUCAUGGGGCCAUAGCUAGUGACUCGUGGGGUCUCAAGCGUCUUCUGAGUUAUGGCUUAAGGCGCUGGCUUGCUGGAGCCCGG